AUGCUUCCUCGAACCCGCACACCGCUUCGGUUAUGGCUGGCACGAGCUCAAUCGACCGCUAGCAACGGCAGCUUGCCUUCACCACUCCAGCGCGAGCUCUUCCGCCGUGUAGCGCAGCCUGUGGCCGUCAUCACCGCCCGCAUCCCCUCUCCCGAUGGCCAAGCCAGCGACGCAACCGCACGAACGGGCCAGAACGAACGGCAUAAUCACGGAGCGACCCUAUCAUCUCUCGCCAGCAUCUCCCUAUCCCCGCCGCUCGUCUCAUUCUCCCUGCGUUUACCCUCUCGACUCGCGACUUUCCUCUCCACCCAUUCCUCGCCUGAUGCCCCUUCGACGAAUUCGUUCCGCGUACACCUCCUGUCGACUUCACAAGAGUCCCUAGCCCGCGCCUUUGCCCGACAAGCACCUUUACCCGCACCGGCACAACCCUCUCCUCCUCCUUCACCUCAACCAUCCGGCCAAAGUUGGGAUUCGUCGCCCGCUUUCGAGCCAGCACUUUUCGACGAGCUUGAGAAGAGUAGCUUGGGAUGGAUGGACUGCAAGGUGGUCAAGCGGAUACCUUUGUCCGAUUUGGGGGAGGAUGUCUCGGACUCGAUGGAGCGAAGGAAGGACGGUCCGCAACAACCGCGGUCUGAGCUAUUUAUUGCGCGCGUGGAGCAGGUCUCGCUGGGACAGGCGAAGGAGGGGUCGGGCUCAUUGAUGUACUGGGAGCAGCAGUAUGCGCAGGUCGAGCCGCUGGACGGCAAAGCGGAGGAUCGGUAG